AUGCAGCCUUGGCAAAGCCUCGCCUGCUUCUUUAUACUCGUGACCCGAGCUGCAGCGAGUGGUAUAGAGGGCUACGGCCUCACCUCAUACGAUCCUCUCUGCGCCGAAACAUGCCUACGGUCUCUGUCGUCUCUUUUGCUGUCUUGCAGCGAACACGGCGAUGGUCAUGGACACAUGAUGAUGGCCAUGGUCACCACGCCAGCCUGUCGCGCCAACGAUACCGCUUUCCUCACGUCAACAACGUGGUGUCUCAGUGUAAAAUGCGCUGAUCAGCACGUCUCCAAGCUCGAGGCUUACUGGGAAGAAUGGGUUACGGGUGAUAAGGACGUCGUUCCAAAAUGGACUUACUCCGAGGCUCUUGCUGAGGUGGAUCCUCGACCACCAAGCUAUCACAUCGCAGACACAGAUAUGUCUCUUAAUGAGACCUCUGUCGUCAAUCCAGACAUAUACCUCAAGCAAUGGAAUGUGUUGGGUCAUGUCCGCCAUGAGAUAUUUCUCGAAUCCACCUAUGGAAUUGUUCUCAUAGCCGUUGCCUUUGGCCUCCCAGUGCUGAUGUCCUGGCUGCGAUAUAUGCCCUUCAUGUCCGCCCUCUGCGAUCGUCUCAAACCAUAUAUUCUGUAUCCAAGCAUGAUUGGUACCUAUUCUGUGCAUCCGCUACCAUUCCAGAUUGGAAAUGCCCCAACUGUUGGCCAAGGGCUUUACAUUGCCAUAUUCGUUAUCCUCAAUGUGGUUCUGACCGCUGUGGGCUAUCGCACGGCCCAGCCAAAUGCCUGGUUUAUGAGCUCUUGGCAGGAGCUUAUUGCCUAUCUUCUAUAUAGAACAGGAGCAUUUGCCUUUACGCUUCUCCCCGUUCUACUGGUAUUCUCUUCAAGGAAUAACCUGCUGCUAUGGAUGACAAACUGGUCACAUCCCACGUAUCUAUUGCUGCAUCGCUGGGUCGGUCGACUUUUCACUCUCUACGCUGUGCUGCAUUCUAUCUUUGGUCUGCUGGCCUAUAGACAUUAUGAGAAGACGGUAUGGUGGGCAUGGGGUGCUGCUGCCACUGUGUUCAGCGUCGUGCUUAGCGUUGGUAGCGGACUAUACGUUCGAAGGAAGAAUUACGAAGUUUUUCUGCUCGUACAUAUCAUCCUGAGCGUGAUUAUCAUCGUUGGUUGCUGGUACCAUUUGGUACUGUGGUAUGAGUCGAUGGGUAUGCAUGUUCCAGAUUACACAUCAGGGUAUGAGGUCUGGCUAUACAUUGCGUUUGCGGUUUGGGCUUUUGACCGAAUCAUUCGGAUAGGUCGACUUUUGGGUGCAGGUAUCAAGAGGUCAAAAGUCACAGAUAUCGGUAACGAUUACGUCCGUAUCGACAUUGCGGGAACUCGCUGGACCGAUGAGCCAGGAAAACAUUUAUAUGCAUACUUCCCUACUCUCAGUCUCUACCGGCCGUGGGAGAACCAUCCAUUUUCCAUCAUACCAACAGGACUUUUGCAGACACUGGACGCAUCUUUGGCUGGAUCGCCACUCCAUGACAGUGCUAAUGGAAAAGAUCUUGAGAGCACGCCGCAAAAUACGGUCCGACGUGUCUCUGUAAGCUCUGACGAGAAGCGCAACUCCGGAGACGUGACUCUUUUCGUCAAGAAGGCAAAGGGCAUCACAAAAUAUCUCCAGCCAGCCGAGAAUCUGUUGACCCUCGUCGAAGGACCCUACGGUAACAACAACAAGAACCACAUCUUGCCAUGUGAUCGUGUACUUCUUAUUGGUGGAGGAAUUGGUAUUACCAGUCUUAUCCCUUGGAUUCUGUGCCACUGGAAUGUGAAGCUUGUCUGGAGCGUCAAGGCUUCCGCACAGUGUCUGGUCGACGAGCUUGAACCAUGCAUCAACACAUUGGACCAGGCUCAAAGAAAUAUCUGUAUCGGUAGUCGAUUUGACAUCUCUGCGCUUAUUGACGAAGAGGUGGCCAUGGGAUGGAAAAGGAUUGGUGUAGUUGUGUCUGGGCCGGGGUCGCUUUGUGAUGAUGUCAGAGCAAAGGUGGCAGCAGCAGGCAAGGCUAGUAAGGCUAUAUUUGAGCUUGAGGUAGAUGCUUAUUCUUGGUGA